AGCCUGGUAAACGCCUUUAUUAUCUCCAGCGUGCAAGCCUACACGUUCAUCGUUUAGUGAACGAAGCCUGUGCUGUGCGGAAAGCCAAUUUUUGAUCAUUUACGAGAACAGUGAAAUCUUAGUGAUCUUGCUAAAAUGGCUGCCUACCGCUAUGUUCCUCCGGACGAAUUUACCCCAGAGUCGCGAGUAAACUGGAUCAGCGUGGGAAGGAUUACAAAAUGGACUCAAGAGGAAGAAGGGAUCGUGGAUAAGUUCACUCUCUUUCUUGAAGGUGGUCUCAAGAUUUACAUCUAUUUUCUGUCUCACUCUACGUUCCGUGUGCGGUUCAAUCCCGAUCCGACCGCUCCCUAUGUCAAAAGCCGCUCCCCAGCCACGGAGACGGAACGAAUUGAGGCGCACGAACUGAAGGUUAAAGAAGAAGGUGGAGUACUGAAGAUACGUACCGACAGGAUCGAACUGAACAUCAACUUGAAGAAGUACGCACUAUCCGUUUACCGUGAUGGACAGUUGAUUCAUGCCGACCCAGCCGACUACAACCUGGUUUAUGUAAACCGCGAUGAUGGUGGCGAGGCUGUUGCUCAGUUCAAGAUGGCGCCGACUAACGCCCAGUAUUUUGGAUUUGGAGAGAAGGCCGGGGCCACGCUUAACAAGCGCCGCGUUCCUAAGCAGCAUUUUUAUGGUCAGUACGCCGGUGGGAGCGAGAAGAUAGGAGCCGCCAUGACAUGGUUCAACUUUGAUAACUUCGGGUACACCGCACCCGAUCUGACACCCGAGGGUGAGGUACAGGGUCCAUUGAAUCCCAACUCUCCUCUUUACCAGUCUUCGCCGUUUCUUAUCGAGCACAAUCCGAGUCCCGAUGGAGCGUUCGCCGGACCUUCGUACGCUUACGGGAUCCUGAUCGACAAUACUUCGCAGACGUUCGUGAACUUUCGUCAGGGAGAUCAGUACUACUUCGGCGCGCUUCACGGAGAGCUUGAUUAUUACUUCUUCGCUGGCAGGCACGUGGCUGAAGUGCUCAGCGAGUUCGUUCAGCUGACGGGCCGUACUCGACUGAAGCCCAAGUACGUGUUCGGCUACCACCAGGGAGGUUACGGCCCAAACUACAACACCAAGUGGAAACUGCUGGAAGUAGCGCUCAAGUACCGGCAGUGGAAGAUUCCAAUUGAUGGACUCCAUGUCGACGUGGAUCUGCAGGACAACUACCGCACGUUCACACACAGUAAGAAGAAGUUCCCUGAUCCUAAAGAGAUGUUUGACGCCCUGCACGACUGGGGAUACAAAUGCAGCACCAACAUCACGCCAAUCGUAAGCUGCAAUACCGAUGAAAACGGCGAGUACAGUCCGUACAAAGCCCUGGACACCGGAAAAGGAAAGGGUAUCUUUGUGCUGAACACCAAGGAAGACGGUAGCGGUACUCAUGACCCGUACAUUGGUAAUGUCAACUACGGGCGUGGUCAUCUCACCUGGGGACAUUAUCCUGAUCUGGGACGUCAUGACGCGCAGAAGUGGUGGGGCGAGCAGUAUCGUGAUCUGUUGGACUGGGGAUUGGACUUCGUCUGGCAAGACAUGACCACUCCUGCGAUGAAAGCCAGUGUCCAUCAGCCGGACUGCCCUCUGUUGUCUUUCCCGAUGGAUUUGAUGUUAAGUGAUAACGAAGAGACCAGGUAUGCUACAGUGAGCACCCAUGCAGACAAAAAGCCAUUUGCAAAGAUCCGCUGUUUGUACAACUACAAUUUGUGCAAAGCUACUUACCAAGGUCUGGAACGCCUCCAACCCACCAAACGCCACUAUAUCAUCGCUCGUGGAGGCUUUGUGGGGGUCCAUCGCUACGCUGGUCUGUGGACGGGCGACAGUACGUCUAACUGGGAAUUCAUUCAGAUGAAUAUCCCCCUGAUCCUUGGGAUUGGUCUGUCCGCGCAGCCUGUAUCCGGCUGCGAUAUUGGCGGCUUCUGCGCAGCGUGGCAGGGUCAGAUCGUGGAUUCAGAGAUGCUUACCCGUUGGACCAUCAUGGGAGCCUUCCUGCCGUGGUUCCGCAACCACUAUGACAACUACUACAAGCCGUACCAGGAGCCGUACAGGUACCCGGAACCCGUGCCUACUAUCUGCCGCAAGUAUAUCGAGUUGCGGUAUCGCCUGAUCCAGUACAUCUACGAUGCCAUGUACGAGAACACACAGACCGGCAAACCUAUCUGCAGACCUCUCUUCAUGGACGAAACCAAACCAGGGGAAUUCAACAACGAUCCUUAUGCGGAUGAUGAUCACUUGUGGGGGUACAAUGGCUACACUGCUAACCGACUGGAUGAUCAGUUCUUCCUGGGAAAAGACAUCCUAGUGGCUCCUAUUGUCAACCCAGGUCAGACAAACCGUGCCGUCUACCUCCCCGCUGGGAGCCAGUGGUAUUAUUUCACAGACGACAAAAGUCCUCUCCAAGAUCCUGUCCAGGGUGGGAUGGAGUUCGAUUUUUGCGCUCCUUGGAAUGACCCAACCAGAGACAACUGCGCCAUUUACAUCCGGGAAGGCGCCAUUAUCCCCAUGCGUGAGAUUGAGCAGUAUAUUGGUGAGCUGCACUCUCAUGACAAGAUGAACCCCAUCACUUUCAGCAUCUACCCUGGCCGGAACAACAGUUAUAAGAUGUUCUUGGACGAUGACGGUGUUACGAACAAGGCAGAGACCGCUGGCCAGUACCGUCUGAUUGAAAUCAGCCAUGAAGGCAUUGCUGGAGGCCAGCGGAUUCGCGUCAAACGACUACACGACAAGUACACACCACCGGAGACGUUCUACUAUAUAAGCCUGCCGGGAACCAUCAGUCCAAGCAAGGUGACAGCAGCGGGGAAGGCUCUGCCGCAGAAAUUUGGAGACACAGACGAACAGGCAGCAAAAGCUCUGGCUGAGCACAAAGACAAGCCUGGAGCUUUUUACUACAACAAUUAUCUGAAGACGACCUAUAUCAAGAUUUUCGACACCUACAGUGACCUCACUGUAGAAGCAGUUUUCUGAUUCAGCAACACUCCUAAUCGUAGAAAACAGCCAGCACUUGGCUUGUGCAGAAGCCUCGUCAGUUAAGACUUUUCGAUAACUCUUUGGAAGAAAAACUUUCAUUAAACAAAACCGGAGGUGUGUCUUUAGCAGAUAAACCGGGUGACUGUAAGCGGACGUGCCUUUCAUGUGGUACUGUUUAUUAUGCUGUAUGAGGUGGUCUAAGUCUGUGGAUCAAACCCUAGUGUGUGACCAUUCAAAUGAAAGCUAUUGAGCAGU